UGCUGCUAAUGCUGUGCGUCAACACUUUCCUCUACAAUAUAACACUGUAUGGAUGAGCCAUCUUUAUAUAUACAUAUAUGAACGACCCAGAGUGUGUGUGGCUGAUCAAUGCUUAUUACUCCUUUUGUCGCGUGUGUGGGCGACGAGGAAGUUGUAUACACGGCCUGAGCUGCACUGUGUGAUCCGUCGCGUGUGUGUGUUAGUGACAGCCGGACGAAAGUUAGAUAUCACGGGGUGUUGACAGCCCUGAAGUAGUUGAGAAUGAGCGCGUGAGGAGUCCGCUGGUGACGCCAGGCGGGCAUAGGCAUGGCGCAGCGUGUGGACGUGAGUGUUGGCGUGGGUGUGAGCGCGGCGGUGGAUGAGUGUGUGAAUGUCUGUAGGUGUUGGUGGGGAAGGGUGUUCAUGUAGGGAGGCCACAAGGGGUGGAUGAGACUCCAGGUGUUGGUAACCUGAGCACGUCUUCGAGGUUGUUCAUUGCAUGUCAACAUUGAACUACGUUAAACACCGUUAAGAUGCGAAAAACGGAGGUUUUCAUAUCAAUAGUGAUUUAAUCUCUCUCUCUCUCUCUCUCUCUCUCUCUCUCUCUCUCUCUCUCUCUCUCAUGGACAAGUAAUGAGGUCCUUUUCUGUCCAUUGCUCAGCUCCAGUUGGACGCAUCGGGGCUUCGAGUCCUAGUGUUCAUCUCCACACCUGAGAGACGCCCAGAUUCGUGGCGGUGAUGGCGUGCAUGCAAGUACAGAUGCGAAGAGGCGGCGUGGUGCUGAUGGUGAUGGUAUCGGUAACGCUGGGAACGCUUUGUGGAUUUCUUUCCAUCAACACAAUGCAAGGUGCUCGCCUUCCACGAGGCGUGGUGGCUCCGCCCGUGACAGGCGAGGUACUGAGCGGGGGCGAAGGUGAGGCGUGUCCACUACCCAAGCGCAUCCUUAUUUGGACAUCGUUUUGGGGAGAGCAGAGUUUCACCUGGGAGCGAAUCUUUUUCAGGCAAGUGUCCCGCCGGUGUCCGGAGAGCAGGUGUGAGCUUGUGUACGAUCACCGACUCCUUGACUCUGCCGCCGCUGUGCUCUUUCAUCCAGGAGACAUGAAACCUUCCUACUCCCUCCCCGCGACCCGCCCGCCAGGACAGCCGUGGAUAUUCCUCUCCUUUGAAUCCCCUUCUACUAUGAUCAAUAAGGUGAACUUGGCUCGUCUCAACGGAGUUUUCAACUGGACCAUGACGUACAGACGUGACUCCGAUGUGGUGGUGCCGUACGGCCUGGUGCUAACCCGCACCGCUCCCCUUCACCUUCAGAAAGACUACUGGAGUGGCAAGUCAAACAGGUUGUUAGCGGCGUGGACCGUGAGCCACUGUAACACAGAGUCUCGAAGGGAGUGGUUCGUGAAGGAGCUGGUCAAACACAUGGCCUUGGAUGUGUUCGGGAAAUGCGGUACAAGGAAGUGUGGCAAGAGCCUUUUUUUGAUGACCAUAGGAACAUUCAACCAGACGGAAUGCAGCAACGAGAUCGAGAAGUACAUGUUCUACCUGGCCUUUGAGAACUCCAUUUGCCUGGAUUACAUCACGGAGAAGUUCUAUCAAGCCCUGACACUGGAGGUGGUUCCUGUAGUGUUGGGAGGCGGACCCUACGAGGACAUUGCUCCUCCUCACUCCUAUGUGGACGCCCUCGCCUUUGACUCACCUAAGCACCUCGCCAAGUACCUCAAGGAAGUAGCAAACGACCGCGAUGCUUACAACAGGUUCUUCGUCUGGAAGCAGCACUACACAGUGGAGUUGGGUCACCCGUUCUCGCCCCUCGUGUGUGAUCUUUGCGCCAAACUUCACGACCCCGUCAGCUUCUCUCCUCCCAACGCCAACAGGAACCCCAUGGAGCAAGUUGGGGUGCUGGGGGCGGUGCGGGGCCGAGAUGGGAAUGGGAGCUACCCAGACAUUCAGUCAUGGUUCGUGCGGGGCAGCGUAUGUCGCCGAUGGUGGCAGAGUGCCGAAGGCCGUAGGAAGCACAUCCACAAAUAAUGACACAAUUAAGUCCAGUAGUUUUCCUGCUGAGUCUGUCCAAUCUCCAACCGCAUUCUUGUCUUAUUGGCGUCUUAUUUCAGUUAUUUUGAUAAACUGUAGCCGAGUUUUCAAGUGUGUUUACAUAACGCUAGAGAUAGUUUAACAAAAUUCCAAAGAAACGUAUUCAAAUCUUGAGUUUAGCAACGAUUCUUCAACCACAACAAAAUGUAGUGGAAUUUAUUUGGAGUUUCAGUGAUAUUUCCUUCGAUCCCAGGGACGAUUAAAAAAAAAAAAAUCCCAUACCAUAAACAAGCAACAUUGGAGGUUUUUGGAUUCCCAAGGAAGUUUUCAUAACUCUUGAUAGUUUAAAUAAGGAACACACUCUUGAACAGGCUUCAGAGAAUGCUAUUUUUUUUUUUUAUGAACGUAUCGAUAAUCUUACUGAUAGUUUAACAAGAAUCCAGCACAUACAAGUAGAUUCCCGUGUAAAAUAUUGGAGUUUGGGGACAAAAUUCGAAAAGCGAGACUGAAAUGGUUUGGUCAUGUUAGGAGGAGAGAGGAAUACUUGGGGAGCAGGAUGCUGGAGAUGGAUCUAUCCGUCAGAAGAGAAAGUUUAUAGGUGUAGUGAAAAAAAAAAUGUGUUUGUAAUGAGUAUGACUAAGGCGCAGAAGACCGAGUGGUAACGAACUAAUUAUUUGCAUCAUCUCAUUCCUGUGACUGGAGACGCGCCAAGUCUCCAGUGGCUGCUUCACUGAAGAUCCACCUCUUGUUUAUUUCUCUAUUUAUUUUCAUGAUUUUCGAAAGAUUUUGCAAAUCAGCUUAUGGCAAGGCUAACUGAUAAGAUAACUGCCAAAUUAUAAGUAUAAAGAUCUGGGAGAGCAGCGAGAAGGUUAUUAGUGCACCAGUGAUCUGCCACACAGGGAGGGGGGAAGAGGAAGAGGCGUUGCCUGUAGAUCAGCUCAGACUGCGGCGACUGCAAUCCGUCACUUGAGAUUCACACGUCUGACUCCGGAAGUAAGCUAUCCCAUGGCGCCUCUGAGCAGGCAUGAUAUCUAAAUUCAGACAAAUGAAGUCGUCAGGCGACUUGCAACUUAACAAUGCCCAUUUGCCACUGCUGGGCUGAUCACGACACGUGCUGGGCAGUCUGUUUUAGAAAGAGCCCUGAAAGGCAUACCAACUCGUCAGUCACUGAGAACUGAAAGCGCAAUGAGCUCAAUGGAAAGCGCCUCACCUACAUCACUAAAUCCAAACUGAGACUUGUAACGAAGCGCUCAUUUAAGCAGAGGAGCUGUCACCUUGUUUCCCCAGCAGAUACGAUUUAUUUUCUUUUAUGUACGGUAGCAGAAAAAGAAGUCGUGACCCUGAUGAAGAAGUGAGCAGAUCAUGGAGGUAUAAGGAGAAGAGCUGGCAUGACGUCAAGAAUAUGAAGCCAACGCGCUAUUGGUCCGCUGUCUCCCCUACCCCCCUUUAGGCUCAAAACAUUACCAACUGAGCUAUUGAAAUUACAGAGAAACAUCAGUGUACAACCCCUCAUUUCCUGCUUUCUGUUGUUGCUUCCA